GCUGUCCCCUCCAGCCCCGUGUCCCGGCGGUGCCGUCACCGCGCGUCACCAGCCGGGGGUGGCCGCCGAGCAUAAAUGGGCAGCGCUGCCCAGCGAGCCCUCGGGGCCACCAUGUCCCUCUGUCCCCCCGCGCUCCAGGGCAGCAGCUCCGGCGACAUCUUCUUCCACGUGGUGACCCCCGACCGCAUCCCGCAGUUCAUUAUCCCGUCCCUGGACACCCACAAGAAGCGGAGAUGCUCGGGCAAGGCGGCGGGACAGCUGGAGGGGACGGCUUGGAGGAGCUGGGAGCCAGCGGUGCAGGAUGAACACGGCUCUAACUCAUCCACCUUUAACUCAUCCAACCCAGAUCCCACCGCCUGGGCAGCUCUGUCCCUGCCGCACCUCCCCAAGGUCACCACCCCGUACGGCUUUGUCACCCUGGCGCGGAGCCCGCAGGUCACCGGCGAGGAGGUGUUUUUCCACUCGGGCUCAGGCCAGCCUCGGGCUCCCGCUGCCGGGACACGGCCCAGCUGGCAGGAGCAGCCGGGAUGCUGCAGACAUCCCGGGAUUCCUGCUGCUGAGGGAGACUCCGGGAUGGGAGGAAGCCAGAGGGACGGCGAGCAGCCGAGCCCCCGUGCCAGCGGUCACAGGGACGAUGGAAGCAGCCCGGCCCCAGCAGGGCUUCCCCUGCCCAGAUGUGCCAGAGAAAUCCGAGAAACAGAGGCUCUGGAAAGCCAAGAGGCAGAGAAGAGGGACAGGAGGCUCCUGGGCAUGGGCUGUCCGAGGAGCAGCUCCGGCCUGGAGCUCCCCGCGGAGACAGCCAGGAAGAAUUUGUUCCAGAGGAUCCUCGGGAGGCACCUUGUCCACCCGCGGCAGCUCAAGCCUGGCCAUUUCACUCUCCACUGAUCCCGCAAAGCAUUUCCGAGGAACUGAGAUUCCCUAAAGACCUGGGGAAGAGACGCUUCUGUCAAUGGCUCAGAGCAUCAAUGCAGAGCAGCCAGGCUCAGCCGGGAGCAUCAGGGUGUCACCUUCCCCGAGGGGACCGUCUGGAGGUGACAUUGCCGGUGGCAGGGCACAGCUGGGAGGGACACAGCAGUGCUGGGGAGCCGAGGGGCUGUGGGUUUGUGGCUGUUCAGAGCCUGAAUAAAUGUGCAAACAUUUCAUCUGA